AUGUCAAUGGUGGUCAUUGAUUGGCUUCAAACAUCAGAAUAUAUUCGUGAAAAUUCUGAGCGUUUUAUAUUAUAUUGUUUAUGUGGUUGUUUUAUUGGUAUUGCAAUUAUUUUUCUAAUGAUUAUUAUAGUUUUAUUUAUUGAAAAACGAAAUAGAAAUGGUAAUACAAAUGAAAAAUUCAAUCAUGAAUAUCAAGUGCCAAGAAACGAUGCAAAUUAUAAUGAUAUAUUCUCCGUUACAAAUCCUUAUGUACCCGUUUAUCAUUAUGAUGGAAGAAGUCAUAGUGAACUUUAUAAUAUAUAA